CGCUUGGCUCUAAUGACCGAAAGCGCAAAACAUCCUGUCGACGAGCACGCAAAAUUUCUUGAUCUCUCAAAAAAUAAGAAGAAAAUUUACAAAUCUAAACUUGGAGAUCCAAAAUUGAAUUAAAGGUUUUAAGGUUUCAUUGUUAUAUUAAUAUCUGUUGUUUUCGCUUUCAAAGCCCAGAAAGAUUUUGUUGGAAAUUCUGUUUUUAGGGUUUUUUGGGUGAGAAUGAACGAUCAAUCGCAGAUGUUGAAUCCACUGCAGUUGAUGAGCCAGGCGCAUAUGAUGAGUCAAUCUCAGAUGAUGAAUUCGGUGCAGCCUCAGGUUUUGAACCAGAAUUCGGCGAUUUUGGCGCAAUCGCAGGCCAUGAGCCAGCCUCCUCAGAAGUUGAACCCGGUUCAGUCUCAGUCUCAGACUCGGAUGAUGAGCCAUAGUGGAGCAAUGACCCAGCCGCAGCCUGCGAUGAUGAUGAUGAAUCAGCGAAACUACAAGCCAUGGUCACCGCAGCAACAGUCUUCGAUGGAUCUGAAGAGGAAGUUCCAGAAUCAACAGAACCCUUUGAAGUUCAAUAAUAAUAUUAGCAAUAAUUUUGUGCCUUCAAAGCCCAGAAGCAAGAAGAAUUGGAAGGGCAAAACUAUGAACAAAGAUCAGAGAAGAAUGGAAAAGCCCAUGCCUAAUAUACCGACUACCUCCAACUCUGCACCGGCCCUUGCCGGUCCUUGUGGUUUCGGUGGUUAUAAGCCCCCUAGCCUGAAUGAUCUCCAAACGCAAAACCGAAUUAAAGCUCGAAAAUACUACCACCCAAAGAAAAAGUUCAACAACCGGUUUGCUCCUUAUGCGCCGCGAAACACAACAUCUUUUAUUAUUCGUGCAAAAAAAGCCGGAGGUAUCGCAUCCCUGGUGUCCCCUUGUCCCAUGACACCUGCUGUUUUGCCUACUCCGAUGUUCUCGCCUUCGAGGGAGGUAUUGGGUGACAUGGCAAAGGAAGAAUGGGGUGUUGAUGGAUAUGGGUCCAUGAAGGGACUGAUAAGACUGAGAUCACCUGGAAAUGAAGUGGAGGUUCAUGAUGAGGAGGAGGAAGAUGAAGGGAAUGGGUCGAGUGAGAGUGACGUGGAAGAGCAUGUGGAGGUGGAAAGGAGAUUGGAUCAUGAUUUGAGUAGGUUUGAGAUGAUUUAUCCAACUUAUGGAGGUGGGGAUUAUAGUUACAAUAAUGUUCUAGAAAAUAGGGUGGAUGAUCAAGAUACCCAUAUAGCACAACUGGAAGAAGAGAAUUUGACACUGAAGGAGAGGUUGUUUCUGAUGGAGAGAGAGUUGGGGGAUCUGCGAAGAAGGUUGCAGUUCUUGGAGAGGCAUCAAGGUCAGGGAAGAAGUCUUCUAGCUGUGGAAGAUGUGAAUGAGGAGGUUGUGGAAAAUGUUUCCGAGAAUGGUGAAAAUGAGAAUGAGAGUGAUGGAGGAUCAGAUAUUGGUGCGACUGGAAACGAGAAUAAUGAGGAGGUGAUGGAGGAUGUGAGCGGGAAAGGAAAAAUAGGAGUAAAUGAUGGUAAGGAGAGUUAUGAUGUUUGCAUGCAAGAAACCGUAUCUUAUAAUGGUGAAAUUGGGAAGGAUGUGAUAGAGAAUAAAAUUGUAGGAAGUACAUUUGUAGUUAGAAAUGAAGUGAUUGAGAAGGUGAAUGAGGCAAAAGGUGAAGAAGUAAGGAAUGAGGUGAUAAUAGAAAAUUUGAUUGCAAAGGAGGAGAACAACAAAUUGUCCAAGUGUGAUGCUUUUGUAAAUGAGGUGCAAGACAAAGUAACUGAAGAUAAUUGAAGGAAGUAAGGAAUGAGGUGAUAAUAGAACGUUUUACUUGUAUCUUUGCCGCUGUAUGUAGAUGUAGUUUAGUCUUCUUUUAACAAAUGUAGGAAGCAGUUUCUUAGUUUUUAUCCUUUCUAAGGCUGUUUUGGGUGGGGGGUUUAGGUAGGGUUGAGGUUCAUUCUGUGAAAAGUAUAAAGCUGCAUGUAGCUUUUUCAUCAGCUGGUGUUUGAGUAGAACCUCACAUGCUAAGAAAAAUCCUUAACCAUGAUGCAUGGUCUUCUUUUUUAUGUUUUCUUAUCUCUAAUGUCAAAACUUUCUUAAUGCA